UCUCUCCACUCUCUCUUCCACCUUUCUUCCUUUUUCCCUAAAUACGCAUUACUCAUUGGAUUCUCUGUUAUCAACACACAUUUCUCGAACUGAUGAUGAAGAUGAUGAAGAUGAUGACGAUGAUGAAGAAGAAGAUUAGAUCAACUCGGAGCUGAGUCUUGCGCGGCAGAAAGACAGCUGAAUUUUGGAGAAUUGUUCUUUCCAAAGCUGCAUUGGUGGAGAAUCGAUUAAGAUGGAUCAUAGACGAAGUUGGCCUUGGAAGAAGAAAUCUGGAACUGAGAAAGCAGUUGCUGUCUUAGAAGCUGCUGCUGAUGAUGCUUUUCCAUCAUCAAUUGGUUCUCAGAAAGAACAGGAUGACUGUAAGAAACCAAACUACAUUCAAAUUUCUAUUGAAUCCUACACACAUCUAACUGGAUUGGAAGAACAAGUGAAGAGUUUAGAAGAUACUAUAACAGAAUUAAACGAGGAACUAUCUGCUUCCCAAUUAGAGAUAGCCACAAAGGAAACCCUAGUGAAACAACAUUCUAAAGUCGCUGAACAUGCUGUUUCAGGUUGGGAGAAAGCGGAAGCAGAGGUUUCUGUUCUGAAAAACCAUCUAGAAUCUGCAACACUGCUGAAACUUGCAGCCGAAGAUCGAGGAUCGCAAUUGGAUGGCGCUCUGAAGGAAUGCAUGAAGCAGAUACUUAACUUAAAGGAAGAACAUGAACAAGAACUGAUCGACGUAGUUCAUUCCUACAAGAAUGAGUUGGAUAAAGUACGUAUCGAAUUAGAAGGGAAAAUAUCGAACUUGGAUAGAAAACUUGCCAAAUCCGAAGCGGAAAAUGCCACUCUCUCGCGAUCAUUGCAGGAACGUUCAGACUUACUGAUCAAGUUGUGUGAAGAGAAAUCACAGGCCAAUGCAGAAAUUGAAAAACUGAAGGGAAAUAUCGAAUUAUGUCAGAAGGAAAUGAAUUCGUUGAAAUAUGAACAUCACAUUGUCAAGAAAGAGCUGGAAAUCCGUAAUGAGGAGAAGAAUAUGAGCGUGAAAUCUUCGGAAGUGGCGAAUAAGAAUCAUUUAGAAGGAGUCAAGAAAAUAGCGAAGCUUGAAGCGGAAUGUCAAAGGCUAAGAGGCCUUGUUAGGAAGAAAUUGCCUGGUCCAGCUGCACUCGCUAAAAUGAAGUUAGAAGUCGAGAAAUCAGGAAGUGAUAAUAGAGAAACUACUUCAAAUGAGUUUCUAACCGAAAGGAUCUUCACAAUUGAAGAAGAAACGAAAAUGCUUAAAGAAACUCUAGCAACACGAAACAGUGAAUUACAGGUUUCGCGGGAGAAACUUCAAUCAUUAGAAUCUCGAAUCAAAGAAGAUGACAACAGGAAUGCAUCCAUUGGAAACAACUUGAUACUAAUGGAUGAUUUCCUAGAGAUGGAGAAACUUGCUUAUUCAACUAACGAAGAAAUAACAGCUGCAAUUUCUCAGAUUCAUGAAUUUGUGUCUGUUCUGAAUAAAGAAGCUUCUCAUAAACUCAUUACUAGUUCAAAAUCGAACUUGGUUGAUUUCGUUAUCGACCUUUCACAUGUCUUGUCUAAGGCUAACGAAGAUCAUUUCAAUGUCCUUAGCUACAAGAACAAUGAAACAACUUCUUCUGAUUGCAUAGACAAGAUUGCUUUACCUUCUCCAAUUGAUGACUUGUCUGAUCCCGACAUUCCAAAAUGCUCUUUUGAGGAGUUUCAACAAUUGAAACUUGAAAAAGAGAAGCUGUUAGUGGAUCUAGAGGCCAACAAGAAUCAGUUGAUUGAAGCAGAACAAAUUCGGGUAGAAAUUAAAUCUCAACUAGAAUCUUCUCGAAAAAUGAAUGGAUUGUCUGAAACACAACUUAAGUGUAUGGCCGAGUCCUACAAUGCACUUGAGAAACGCGAGGAGGACUUAAAGACGGAGGUGAAACUUCUGCAGAUUAAAAUUGAGAGUAUUGAUAAUGAUCUUCAAGAGGAAAAGAGAAAUCAUCAUGAUGCUUUGGCAAGAUUCAAAGACCUUCAAGAACAAUUACAAAGGAUGGAGAGCUCUGUAGCUGAAACUGAAAGCAAGAAUCAACAGGAAAAAAACAUAGCUGCUGCAUCAGAAAAGUUAGUAGAAUGUCAAGAAACCAUAUUUCUUCUUGGCAAACAGCUAAAAGCUAUGCGUCCCCAAGCUGAUUACAUGAGUCUGAAACACCACAUGCUAUCAGAACAAGAACCAAUUUCGCAAGAUAUCGAAUUCCCAAUCGAGACUACUACCAAUUUUUAUAAUCAAUCUUGCCAUUCAGACGCUGAAAUAAGCACAUCACCUGUUAAUACUAAAAGGCAGUCAAGACAUCGAACUACCAAGUCUAGUUCGUCUUAUUCAUCGUCCAUCCCAACACCCGAAAAGCAUUCGCAUGGUUUCAGCAGAUUCUUUAUGUCCAAAAGCAAGUAUGACGAUUGAACUUAAAGUUAAAAGAUUUUGUUUGGUAAUAUAUGGAAGUUUUAUUAUUGUGUAUAUGUUGUGGGAGAUUGAACAAUGGGAAGACAAGAUUUAUGUUUGGUUUUUGUUUUAUGUUUUAGAAUUUUAAAUGGAUUGCUUCUCUUGAAGAUUAAUAAUUCAGAAAAUAAAAAUUUCU